AUGGUUUUACCAAGAUUUUUUUUGCUUUGCUUGAUCUUCUUCAUGGGGUCGACGAUGUUCUGUAAUUACUAUCCCAUGGAUGCCAAGGCAUGUAUCUCAAAAACAGAUGGAAUUAUGUGCGAAUUUAGUCUGUUCGAAAAUGCGUGCCUUGAAACCUCCAUAACCACUUAUGGUUGUGAACCUACUUUGAAUAAGUUGGCUUGUUUAAAUUAAUUAACGAAUCCUGACGAUUCUGAAGCCACAUGCAUAUUCACUUCUAAGUGUCAGCCUGCCAAAAAAUAGCAUUUCAAGAAUUUGGGGUGCUCAAUAAAAUAUUCCAAAUACGGAUGCAUGAAUGCCUUAAAGAAAGAUUGUAUUUGGAAUAAUGGAUGUUAGGCAUAUGAAAACGAAAUACCCUUGGGAGAUGACUGUUCGCAGAUCUUCGAUGAAUCUGUGACUCCAUCUUUGUGCCAAAAGAUUCAAAACAUUUAAUGCAUGAGUAGUGGUUUCAAAGGAGAUUACUAAUGUGUCACUGUCACAGAACAGCUACUCUCUAAGAUCUCUUGUGAUUAGCUCGGAUUAAACCAAUAAGGAUGUACAUAGAUAUCCACAAAAGAUUAAGAGCUUGUAUGUUUAAAUAUUAAUACUAUAGGUAUUUUUGAAAAUAACCAGUGUAAGAAUGUGAUUUCAACAUACCCGUAAAAGUGUGGUUUAUUGCUGAAUCGCUUAGGCUGUUUAUAAAUCAUAAACCCAAAAUUGAAGUGCCAAUGGAAAAACAGUGCAUGCAAGGACUUCGUUGACACCAAAUAGUCCUGUGAACAAAUAACAGAAGUCAACUCAAUAGUUUGUUCUGGAUUUGAUGGAAUUUGCUUGUAUGAUUCAACCUACAAGAAAUGUGUCAAUCCUACAAGUAAUUAAUUGGAGAAGAUUAAGUGCAACACUUAUGGUCUAACGAAGUAAGCAUGUCUCCAAAUUAAAAAUUAAUAUUGUACCUUCUUUAAAGGAAUCUGCCAAGAGAUGUCACUAUCUGAUUUGAAGGUAUACUAAUGCAAAAUGGAUUUGAAUGAAGAUGCUUGUAUCAACAUUGAGACUCAAUUUCAAUAUUGCAAAUGGGAUGGAGUCGAAUGCACAAGAAUCCAAUUAAAUCAGGAUAUCAACUGUCCAUUAGAUUCUCUGAAUGCAGAAUCCAAAGUCAAUGGAAACGUCUGCUAAUCCAUAUCCAAACCAGGAGUCACAUGUAAAUAUAAUUCCACUACUCACCUAUGUGUCAGAAGUACUGAGAAGGAUUAUUGCAAUUCCUCCUUCCUCAACUUACAAGGCUGUGUCAGCAUUACUACUGCAGGAUACUCUUGUUAAUGGACAAAGGAUGGAUGUGUCAAUGUAAAAAUAGUACCCAAUAACACUUUAUGUGAAUCUCUUGGAUUUGCUAAUGCAAUCUCUUGUUCACAAGUCUACGAGAGCAACUCUCUAGGUUGCUAUUAUGAUCCAUCAUAUUAGCAGUGCAAAUCAAUUAUACUUAAGGAGGAACAAGUAUUCCUAAACACAAUCAAUUGUUCUGACACCAAGUUUGGUUAUAAUAAAUCAAUAUGUGCUUCGAUUACUACUCCUGGCCAAGUGUGUAGAUGGUACUAGAAUCAAUGUUCAUAAAUCAAAUCUAAAGAGCAAAUAGCCUAAAUUUAGUGUAUACAACUUUAGUUUGUUAAUAAAUAUGCUUGUGGAUUGGUAGAAUAUGGCAAAGAACCAUGUAGAUAUUUGGAUCUUCAAAGGGGUUGUGUGAAUUCCAUUGUUGGUAAUAUGAAUUGUUUGACUCCUGGAUUGAAUUCCUAUGCCUGUGCAGUAGCAAGUGGAAGUUGUUAUUUUGAUACUUCCAGCAAUUCAUGUUAGUAUGUUUCAAACCCAUAUUAAUAAUAAACAUAACUUACUGCUGCUGCCAAAGCUGAAUUAUUAAGCACAAUGACUUGUGAUUCCAGUUCUCCAACUAUUGAUAUUUGUGCCUAGAUUGUAACUGUAGGAUAAAUUUGUAGUUGGUCUUUUAGGACAAAUAGAUGCCAAAAUUAAUUUGUUGCUUCCAAUUCUCUUUGUUCGAACUUUUCAGGAUAAAAUGUUGUAGUAAAUGCAAAUACUUGUGCAGCUAUAGAGAAUGAAUUUCCAGAUUAUGAUCCAAUUGGAGGUGCUAAGGUUGAUGUCAACAGAGCCAAUUGUAAAUUCAACUCAAAAACAUCGAAUUGUGAAGUUAAUAAGGAUAGUUGUUCCACUCCUUGUUGUACAGAACCUGAGAAGAUUGGAAUAAAUGCUCAUUCUUGUAGUAAAUAUUCAUCAAAAGCUGCCAAUACCUUCUGCUUUUUUAAUAAUGAUCUUAGAUGUCAACAAUUAACAACAUAAGAUGUUGGAAUAGUGAGUGCAGACACAGCCAGGAUAUAUUUCAAUGCAAAUUAAUUCAAAUGCUCUUAGAUGUCUGUUAAUUCAUGUUUUAUGAUUACAUGGUCGUCCAAAUAAAGAUGCUAUUACAAUGGUUCAUCUUGUGUUAAUAUUAAUUAUGCAAAUUAUAAUGAUUUUAGUGUGUUUGUUACUGCAGCUAAAUUAAUGAAUUAAUAUGCUUGUUUAGGUAUAGAAGCAGCAAAGACAAAUAAAAAUACUAAGAAAUAUUUUACUUAUGAUUCAAUAGCAUACAAGUGCAAUUCAUAAGAUGCCCCAAUUGAUUAAGAUUCCUGUGAAAAAGUAAUUGGAAAUAGAAAUCUAUGUCUUGCUACUAAAAUAACUGUAGGGGAUGGCUAUUGUAAAUGGGAUCCUACAAAUUUAAAAUGCAUAACAAUUCCUAAAGACGAAUUCUUAUAAAUAAAUACUUGCAAUUACAAUUAAAAUAAAUAGGCGUGUAUUAAGCAUGCAAAUUUAGGAUGUUAAUUCAAUAAUGAUACUGAUAGAUGUAUUGAAGCUCAAACAGAUGUAACUUGUUCAUCUUUUGAAGCAACUGGAUAGGUGAGUUCACCUGUAUGUUUAAAAGUAUCCAAAGGUAAAGAAAUGUGCAAAUUCGAUGACACCUAUAAAUGCGUUACUCACGAUGUCGAUGCAGUGAAAUGUGAUAUAAAAGGAGGCAAUUCAAUAGCUUGUUAUUAUAAAACAAAUUCAAACCAAUGCAGAUGGGAUCCAAUAUCAUUAAAGUGUUAUGAAAAUAAAACUAGUAUUUAACUCUUGGGUUGUAAUGAUAAUUUAAAUAAGAAUUUAUGUCUAAAGGUAACUAAAGAACCUUGUGUUUGGGACAUAUCAUAAUAUAAAUGCUACAAACUAGAAUCGUUUGACUCUGCUUCUUUUAACAAAAUUGAAAGUGGAAGUGAAUUCAAUAAACAGACAUGCAUGAGUUUAAUAGGAAACUCAUACUAUCAUAAUGUAUCGACUGAUAGUAAAGGUGUAGAAUCACAACUAUGCUCAAUUUUGUCCUCUUAAAUGAGUGCAUGCAAUUAAUAUUAUACCAAUAAAUAAUCUUGCCUAUUACAGACCAGAGGAAUUUCUUGUUAUUACGAUGCAGAUGAAACUGAUCUCUCAAAACGAUGUAAACCAUUUACUGCAGAAUAAUCAUCAUGCACUACUUCAACUCUGAUCAGCAUUUAAGUUUGUAUGGAUAUUCCUAAGCAAUGUCAAUUCAAUACGACUUCUUUAUUAUGUUUGAGUACUACAAUACAGGAAACUGAUUCAUGUUCAGAUUUAAAAAAUAAAUCUGGAUAAUAUUAUAAUAAAUUGGCAUGCUCAUCAAUAAAUUCUUUAAUUUCAGGAACAUAUGGUAUUUCUCAAUGCUUAGGUAAAGAAGAACACUAAUAAACUUGUAAUCACGAAAAAUAUUGUUAUUGGAAUUCAAGCACUUACACAUGUGAUAUUAAAACUUUACAUGCUAUUUCUAUGGGGACGGAGGAGCAUUGUGAGGACCAGACUGUAACAAAUCCAGAGACGAAUGAGACUACGACCGAAGAGGUUUGUACUGAAGUACCAAAAUGUUAGAACGAUUAAAAUAAAGAUGCUCUAUAUGUUAAGGAAUGUUCAUAUAGAUACUCAAAGGCUCUUUGCUUAGAAAUGAGUGAAGCUAAUUGUUACUUUGACUUAAACUAAGGAGGGUGCAAUCCUCUAACUUAAAAUGAAAGGAAAUUACCCAGUUGUGACAGUGUUUAUAGUGUUGUAUAAAAUAACUGUGUAGAAAGUUAAUCAAGAUAUGCAUUAUGUAAAGUAGAAAGCAUUGUAAGACCUUGGAGAGAACUGUAACUAAAUGCACUUCAAAUUCUGUUCUGA